AUGCAGUAUUCUACUCCAGACCCGAAAGAUGAUGAUGAUGAUGGCUGUGAUAGCACCAUAACGAGUACCAACACGGGCAAUGGGAGUCACCACUCCAAACGGAAGCGGAACGGUGGUCGAAUGGUCGUCUUGUUUGAUUUGGAAUCCAACAAGGUGUUCCCCAUUCCACGACGCGAGAGCUUGACCAUGGAACAAGCGUUGGACAUUUGGUAUACGGGGAUGGAGAAACACUUUAUGAUGGAAGGAGCACUGAAAGCGGCUUCUGGAUUGCACGCCCAAGAUACACAAGCCAGAGGAUUGGAAUACCACACGAGCUCGGGGUUCUUCCGAAUACAAACCAACCGAGAUCGGGCCAUGGCGGCUGUAUUGAAAGAACAAGCACGUCAGCAACAAAAAGGCAUCAAGGAAGAGAACGAUGAACUCAUUAGUGAAGCCUACUGGCGCAUCACCAAACCCUGUCAAGAGCAAGCCACAGUUCAAGGACGCAUCGAUGAAGCAGUGGCCAACCCACAAUGGCAUGUUCGAUUGCCCCACGCGACAACCGAGGAAUACGAAUACUUGAAUGGCAACAAUACUAAUAUAAAAAGAGAAAGCGCUGCCUUUUUGUUUGCCAAAAUGGAACACUUGGGCGUUCGUGGAAUGACAGCGGAGUGGAUGGAAGGCGUGGGAGACUCGACAAACCGAUUGAUUGGUGAAGUGGGUGGCAAAACGACAGGACUCAUGGAAAAUCCCAAAACAAAAGCAUUCCUGUCGAGUGUGACGGAUAUGGUACCUCCCAAAGAAAAGCUGCCAGCGUGGUUGGGCGGUGUGACCAAACUGUGGCAAAAAAAGUAG